AUUAUGCCGACUCCACUCAGUUUUCUUUAGCUGUCUAGUUAUCAUCUGGGAAAACCUUCCCCCCUUAGGCUACAGCAGUUCAAGGAGUAUUUGGAAUACCAAAGUAUUUUUUGCAGUGAUUUCUUUUUGUGAUCUCAAUUCUCUCCUGCCUCUAAAAAAAUUAAUCAGAAUUUGAAUCCAUCUGGUCUCAGGAUUGGAAAGCUAUUCUCUGAGCAGAUCAAAGAUGUUCAUUAAAGUUCCAUUCUUCAUCUUCGUUCUAGGGAGCGUGACUUUCAUAGCCCUUGCUGAAGAAGCAAGCUCAGUUCUAGAAGGAGAGGAAAGUGCAACAAUUGAUUUCAGAGACAGAAAUAAUACAGAAUUUGAAGAAUUACCAACCCUGUUGCCCACAAGACUACACAGUGUAACCAAUCUCUUGCAGUUUGGACAACUGAUGACCACAGAAAGUGCAUUUGCCCCACCUGAAGACAAUGAUAAUUCUACUGGUUACGAAGCUAACACAGAAAAUGUGGACGGUGGACUGAGUGGGGAACAAGAGAAAACCGAGAAAGGUGGUCUGGAAACAAUUGCUCUGGUUGGAAUAAUUAUCGGAAUCAUAGUUGCAGUUGGAAUCCUUGCAGGAAUAAUAAUCGCUGUUGUAAGGAAGAUGUCAGGCAGGUACUCGCCCUGAAAAUAGUUGAAACAAGCAACAUGCCAUACUACACCAGAAGAUACAAGUGCUUCUUAUUUUACAAGAACUAAAGACUAUUCCUGUAUUGGUGUGGGAAGAUGAUCUAUGGGGAUCCCACGCAACUCUAAGGACUCUUCCCCCUGCCCUGCCCCAGACUACACAGUAUGGAACAUUUCAUGGGACUUUUACUAACCAGGAGUUUACUAGAAAAAAAAAGUAUGUAGUAAAAAACCCAGCAGCAGUGAGAUUUACAUCUGAAAUGUGAUUUCCAGAUAAUAUAUGCUAGCUUGAUUUUUAAACACUGCCAAAGAUUAUUUCAUAUUAUACUUCUUUAAAAAACAUAUCCAGAAUCUUUUAAGUGUUUUUGGCUGGUUAAGUGCUUCUGGCAUGUUUAUUUACCAAAUGAUGUAUCAAAAAAGGAAGAAUUAGCUUCAGAGACAACCAGUGGUUUACAAAUUUAGAAAAUACUAGAUAUUGGAAGCUAAAAUCUUUCCACUAUUGAUACAAAUUUUCUGCUCUUGAUAUUUAUGUUAUUAUGUGGCAAAAUAUGGUAGGCCCAGCUGGAACUGACCUACCAGCCCAAAGCUUGCUCAUCUGACUGUUGCGCCAGGAAUUUCCUGCCUUCUCUUGUUAGAGACAUGCAGGGAUUGAAAUACACAUCCUGAAUUAAAGGGUGCCUGGAAAAUACCCAAUUUUGAUGGGUCACUUUAACCAGUUACUCAGCACGCUUUAGAGCUGACAUAUAGAAGCUUUUGAACUAGUGUAUACAAUUCUUUUUUAUGACUGCCUCAUUUUCUAACUGUAUAGUUGGCUGCUUUGAUAAUGUGUGCAACACUAGAUCAGAACAUGCUCAUGAGGUAUAAGGCAGCUUUGGACUCUACAGCUUUUCUAUUUAGUGCAUCAGUACCUGAAUGCACAGAGUUCAGAGCAAAGGCUUUGUAUGUCAAGUGGCUGCAAUGCAUCAUGUUUUAUAAACUUAAGUGCCUUAAAGUAUUUGGUGUAAAAAUCCUGAUAAUCCAUAUGAUCAAUAAGUUGACUUGUUUAGUAAUUAUCUCAAUUUACUUUUCUGUCUCUUUUACAUGCCAUGAACUAUCAUAUCAAUCCAGGCUUUGGAAAUAAAAACUAUAAUUUAAAUUGUCUUAUUUUACAAUAAUUGUUCUUUAUCCUCUUUUUAAAAAAAGAUGUUUUAAACUUCCC